CUCGUCUCCGGGAACUGCAAGGUGCUCUUGCUCCAGCUUAACAUUCUCAUAGUUUGGGGAAUCGGAACGUUAUUGUACUGGUUGGGCUGAAAUUCAUCCAUGCAUCUCGUAAACAAGGGGGCUUGUUAUUUUGAAUGGAAUGGUGGUCGGUCUGAGAUAUAGAUAGAUAUUUCUGACUCUUGUGAUCGAAUGACAUGACACCCGAAGUUGAUGAGGGCUCCUGUGAGCACAGAGAUUUGUUAACUUGGGUUGCAGAUCUUUUUCGAGCCUCAGCUCAGCUCGUGAAAUCUGCCGAUCCCUUCAGGUCCACGAUGGAAACGAAUGUCUUGAAUUUCACUUUCUUGGGUAGUGAUUUCAUUCUAGUCAAUGCUGCGAUAGACUCGUCUCAGCACACGGGAUCGGUCACUUCUAAACCUGAAGAAUGUCAAGCAGAAGAGCAGAGGGAUGCUCCUUUCCCAUUCGAGGAGUGGAUGGCGAAGUUACAGCAUUACGGUGAUUCCACCCAACUAGCUACCCAGCUCAUGAUUGUGGAGGAUUAUUUGAGACGCAUUUGGGCCAUCAUAAUAGCCAGCCUUCCUCGCGCACACGGAGCCUGAGUAGGUCGCGUCUGCAGAUUUUACAUUGCAUUUAGGUGGUCGAUCGGUGAGUAGCUUAGGAACAUUAAGGAUCUUAUCAGACAGCCAGCUUCAUCAUCCAUGCAGGCAAAUAGCAAUUCUCAGCUCAGUCCAUUCAUAAAUCGGUAUCAGAAUGAUUCCAAUUGGAACUCUAGCUUCAAGACACUUUUCGUGGGUGUUCUCUUCAGGAAGCUGUCGUUGCAGGUCUUUCACUGGAGCAGUUGAACCUACAAGUCAGAUCGAGCUCUCAAAUCAGUACUAAUGAGCUUUGAUGUCUUCGAAGGAUGAAGUUGAUAUAAGGUACAGAUCACACGAUACAGUUCACACGAUACCUAGUGUGUAGAUACCGAGUGUGUAGAAUCCGUGACCAUCAUUUCGUUAUGUCUUUACGGGUACCUAUACUGCCACGCUGCUGAGGAGCGGACAGAGCAGGUGUUGUAUAAUGUCUAUGAAGCCACAGAGGAACCUGAUUCUUAGAUUCAACUUACGGCUCAGAAUUCGGUUCCAUAUAGAAGGUGACUUACACCGUGAGCUCUCCAACUUUCGUGCGAUUGAUCCGUUGUAUGUAUAAUGGCAAUCUUCCA